AUGCAAGUGGAAGCAGCCAUGCAGGUGCUAACCAAGCGCUAUCCCAAGAACUGCCUGCGGACUGUCAUGGACCAGUACUCGGCCACGGUGCACAAUAUGGAGCAGGUGGUGAUGUUCCCCAGCCUUCUGCGGGACAUGCAGCCACACGCACAUGAGCACCAGGCCCAGGCUGGGGCCCCCAGUCUCUACAACUACUUCACCAUGCUCAAGGCUAUCUGUGUGGACAUGGACCAGGGGCUGCAGCCCUGGGAGGAGUGGCAGGUCAGGAUGGCAGGCUAUAAAGGCAAUGAAGCUGUGGAGACGGAAGAGGGCAAGGAGGUCUUGGGGCAGCUGAACCUAGAAGCCCAGUUCCACUUGCACCUCUCCAGACUUCAUCACAUCCUCACCCACCUUACCCUGAAAGCCAAGGAGGUGACAAGGAUAUACCAGGAGAUAACAGGACAGGCCAUGUAG